UUUUGGCUUCAGUUUUUAUUUUUUCAUGUUUGGUGGAGGAAAGAAAAAAAAAAAAGAGUGAAGAGGGGAUUCGUAGGAAUUGAAAUAUUUUUGUUUACGUAGGUGUUGGGUUGAUUAUUGAGGUGAGUUUUGCUUGAAUUUUGAAAUAACUGAGUCAAAGAACAAUGGAGAGAGAUUUUCUGGGUUUGCAUUCAAAGGAACCAUUGGUUGUGGUUAAGGAAGAGGUUAACACUGAUGGGUACAAAGGUUUUACUAAAAGCUCAGGGAUACAAUGGCCUUUUUCAAACAAGAUUUCUGCUGUUCCACAGCUGAUGAACUUUGAUUUUGCUCAAGGGGAUAAAACUAAAAAGGUCGGAUAUGAUCCGAAAGUAUCCCCUAUGUUCAUGCCUACCUCAACAAUGGAUUCUACUGAACUUCAGAAAUCAUUCAACCACAGUAGGAUAGGUGGGAGUCAUUUUCCAUUGACACCUUCUUAUGUUCAACAAGAUGGUAAGAUGUUUCUGGUCUCAAACCGUGCACCGUUUAUGAAGAAUCAUUAUGCUUCCACCGGUCAAAAUUUGCCUGUUAAUAGCAUGAGACCACAAUUGCUUGGAGGGAUUCCGGUGACAACUCCACAUACGAUUCUUCCCACACUUGGUUCUGUUGGUGGAAGUGUUGAACCAUGGAAAAGCGUCAAGGCCUCUGGAUCUUCUGCUCAAUUGACGAUCUUUUAUGCUGGUGAAGUGAAUGUCUUUGAUGAUAUUACCCCUGAGAAGGCUCAGGCUAUAAUGUUCUUGGCUGGGAAUGGGUCUUCCAUGGCUUCUAGUUCGGCUUAUCCAAAAGACCAAGUCCAGACACCUGUUUUGAAGCCAGUUCGAGUUGAAAGUGUUCCCACUAACCAGAUCAUAAAUACACAACUAAAUUCUGGUAUGUCGAGCCCUCAUGCUGUUGCUGCUCAGUCUGGGACUGGGUCCACUAGUACCGAAGAUCAGAUGAUAUGCAAGACCUCAGGAACUCCAACUCCAUCUACCCCUAUUAGCAAAUUGGAGGCUACGAAAUUGGUGAAUGCCAUGGGAUCUGCUACUGCCACUGGCAUGAUGCCUUCCGUUCCACAGGCUCGCAAAGCUUCCUUGGCUCGGUUUUUGGAGAAGCGCAAGGAAAGGGUAAUGAAUGCAGCAUCGCCAUACAAUUUUAGCAAGAUGUCUAUAGAUUAUGCAACUACGUUAGAAUUGAACGCAUGAGCUUGGCCGCGAGCAACGACGACUUCUCUCUCGGCAACCAAGUAGGGUAAACUGCAAGGUUUAUGAUUCGGAAUUACAAGGCAAAGUUUAUAUCAAGUCUGGCAUUAAAGAAGUGUAAUAUUGACUGCUUAAUUGCCAUCAACUAAAGUUUAUUCGGUAGUUGGUGUAGGGUUAUAUUAUAGACCUUUUGUUUUUCUUUAUAAUGUUAAUGUGGAUGUUUUAGCUACUUUGUAACCCCAUUCAAUUGUUGUUACAUGGUAGAAAUAAUGCAUUUAAGACCCA